AUGGCGGAGGUUGUCGAGGAGCGCCGUUCCGGCCCCAAGUCCGUGAAGGAUGUGCCCGCCGACGAGUUCAUCAAGGCCUUCUCCGCUUACCUGAAGAAGACCGGCAAGAUCCAGCUGCCCGCCAGCGUUGACAUCAUGAAGACCGGAUCCUUCAAGGAGCUGGCCCCCUACGAUGCCGACUGGUACUACGUCCGCGCAGCUGCCAUCGCUCGCCGCGUGUACAUCAGGCAGGGUCUGGGCGUGGGUGCCUUCCGCAGGAUCUUUGGCGGUCGAUCCAACGCCAAGGGCAGCGUCGCCCCCGAGCACUUUGCCAAGGCCGCCGGCGGCGUGGUUCGCCAUGCGCUGCAGCAGCUGGAGGCCCUGGGCCUGGUAGAGAAGACCAACACCGAGAAGGGCGGUCGCAAGAUCACGCCCGAGGGCCAGCGACAGAUGGACCUGGUGGCGGCCUCCGUCAAGCUCACCCCCUUUGCGCUGCUGCUGGAGUGA